AUGCGGAGAUCAACACUGUUAUCGUUCGCGAAUGCCAGCGUCCUCCUCCUCCUAGUCCUGUUCUGCCACGUCCACACUGCGUUCUCUGCAGAAGAAGAGACGCAAUACGUAACAUAUACCAACUUAGAUGGAGAGACGCUUUACUUGGAUGUCAACAGGGAACCCUCGUUAUACACAAAACAGUAUGGAGACUGUCAGGGCGACUCGGUCAUAUCGGUUACGCGAUUUGACGCAGCAUAUUACAAAGACAACAUGACAAUCACUUUCAACCUGGGAGGAUAUACUCAAGUGGCCAACGAAAGUGUCAUCAUGUAUAUCGGCGUCUAUGCUUAUGGAGAGAACCGGUUCAAUCUCACGUUCGACCCAUGCUUUGCCAAUAUUCACACCGACGUCGCAGGCAUACCGGAACUGGCUCUUUCAAUCCCUGAUUUCGAAGGGCAGGCUAUACUGCGCAUCUUUGGCAACUCAACCCAGUCGCAGAUUGCUUGCUACUCUGCAGUCCUCACCAAUGGCAACUCCUUUUCUCACCCUACAGCAAUUGGCUCAACGGUCGGUUUCUUCGUUGUACUCGCAUUCGCGGCAUCUGUGGCCACGGCCAUGUACGGACAACACCUUCAAGAGACAAGGAAACACUAUGCACACUCUGUGUCUAUACUGGUGGUCUUCUCCGUUCUUCAGCAUGUCUUCUUCACAGGCGCGUUGUCGAUGAAUUUUCCUUCAGUACUAGUAGCCUUCUGGAGCAACUUUGGCUGGGCGUCGGGAAUGAUAUACAGUUCUUCUGUCCAGAGGUCAAUCGACCAGUUCAUCGGUAAUGAUAGAGGCAACAUCAGUAGUAUAGGGGCUCCGGCUUCUGGAGAAACCGCUGUCAACCUUGGAGGUGGUUAUUCAUUAUCGUCAAUUUACAGGAGGAAUUUGCCAUCUCUGCAGCAAAGAGCCGUUGCUAACACCACAACUGGCUUUUCCUGGUACGGAACUGAGGUUGCAGCUGGCCUGCCCUUGCCUGGUAACUAUUCUAGCUUUGCAGGGACUUUGAGUGAGCUGCACAUUCCUGCGUCGGCUGCCUUCUUGACUGGCUUAAUUUGGUUUCUGGUGUUGCUUGCGCUACUGGGCGGGGCAGUACUGUGUUUGAAGAUCGUCCUGGAGCUGUUCGCAGCAGCCAAGCUGAUAAAGACAGUACGCCUCGCAUUCUUUCGAGCCCAUUGGAUCUAUUGUGCAGCCAUUCUGAUCUUGAGGACAUGUUAUGUCGGAUUCUUCGUGAUGACUUUUCUCUCCCUGUUUCAAAUUAGUAUAGGUGGCGGAUCAGGCCCACUUGCCAUAGCAGCAAUAGUUUUCUGCUUAUUUCUGCUUGCUGUGGUCGGCAUAUCGAUAUAUGCUGUAUGGUACAGAUUGAGUGGCCAGCAGCUUCAAAAUGAACCCGAUAAGCUACAACUCAGAACUAAACCGAUCGGCUGGACAAGGGCGACCAAGACUCAAGAGCCGAAUGAUGAACGCAGGACGAUAGUUUCACUGCCAUGGAGACACAUCUACUUCAAGGAUACUCUGGAGCGUCCACAUGUUCACGACGACGAUGACUACCUUAUCAAGUUCGGCUGGCUUUCUGGAAGGUUUCGACGAAGCAAAUGGUGGUUCUUCUCGGCCUGGCUCAUCUACGAAUUGGUACGAGCAUGUUUCUAUGGUGGGGCCGCGGGAAGUCCGUUAAUCCAGGUGUUUGGUCUCUUGGCUUGGGAGAUAUUGUCACUGUUAAUCGUCUUCUUGGUUCGACCAUUUGAGAGCAACCGUCUCAAUAUGCUAAUGGUCUAUCUUCUGGGUUUCAGCAAGGUCGUUUCUGUUGCUCUUUGCGUAGCCUUUGAUCCUCGCUUCGGACUAGGAAGGAUUCUGACCACUGUUAUCGGCAUAGUCAUCAUCGUGAUACAGGGAGUUCUGAUCAUCUGCAUGCUAAUCGCCAUUGUCAUUGGAAGCGUCUCGAGCUGGAUGUCUCUUCGUCGGUAUCACGAAGAAUUUCAUCCGAGUAGCUUGACUAAGACCAGGACGAAAUACUUUGCACAUAUUGACCAGAAAGCAAGUGACAAGCCUUUGGUAAAGUCACCAAAGGCACGGCCGUCAGCGACGACUGAGGAGCUGAAGGAGCCAUACUUUGCCGUCUCAACCGUACGCAGACAAACGAAGAUAGAAGAUGAUGACCCCGAGAACAAAAGCUUCUUUGAGGAUGACGCUACGACGAUGGGAGGUAACAAUCGACAUUCCAUGGUACCAUCUACUAGACCUGGUAGUGUCAAGUCUCGCACGAGCGUGCCCACAUUGCCAUAUGGAGCUCGGCGACACCGAGCUAGCUGGAGCACUCGAGACUUCUCUCAAGCUGGUUACGAGGCAGAACAUAUUCCGUCGGGUAUGCAUUCGCGGAUGAGCCUGGAGAGCAUGCGUGAUGCGAACAGAGAUAGCACAGGGAUGCCGGCUCGAAAGAGAGGCUCAAGUGUACGUCACUCAUGGACCAAUGAUCCGUCGCUUGUCGAUAUAGCCAGUGCAGGAGUUGAGAGUCCGCCAAACUCAUAUCAAACACGGCAUGUUAAAAGCCAAUCAGUAUCGCAGAACCAACUGCAAGCAAGAUACAUGAACGAGGAAGAGCAAGAGAGACAGCGUCCAACAACGAGCAGACACUGA